UGGUGAUGGUGAUGGUGCUGGCCCAAGCUACCUGAACUGUAAACCCCACAAUUGCUUGAACAAUGAAUCAUGCACGGACCAGUGCGGCUGUCGGCCCCUCGCUCCCUUCCCUCGAGGUCCUCAGCCUUGCCUACCUGAACUGCUUUCAUAACCACCUGCAUCCAACUCUUACUCAACCAUUCUUACGUAGCAUCGUCAAAACCAUCAUAAAUAUGCCUCCCCUGGCAGCUACAUCGCCACCUCCCGAACUCGUUGGGUUCUUCUCAGGAACUCACAAAGAUCGCCAUGGCCGUUCUCUGGCAGACAUGAUUGCCUAUAGUGAUGAGAAGCUUGAGCGACGCCACGAUUAUAUCCAAACUCUCUUCCCUCUGCCUGAGCGAUCUGCCAUUGAUCUCCAUGCCCCAAUUAUCGACGAAUCAGUCUUCAAUGCCUUCCGUUCGGACCCCAAAUUGAAAGCCAGCCUUCUGAGUGCUUUCCAUAGAAUCCUAGAGUUCUAUGGUUUUGAGCUUGACAAACGUGAGAAUGGCACUUGUGUCGUGAGUGUUUUCCAAUAUGCCUUGCGCCAUUCUUCCUGCGUUCCAAGUUACUAAUAUUCAAAAGGUAAAGAAAGGACCCAACUUCGGUACGAACCCCAAAACCUGGAAUCGAUCCUUUGACCACAAUCACUUACGAAUUACUCGCAUCAUCCGGUGUCUUCGAGUCCUGGGUCUUCAGGGCGAGGCUCUAGCUUUCCAUGCGGCACUCAUCAAAUACUCCAAAAACUCCACGCCACGAUCUAGAGAAUACUGGCGACGCGCUGCUUUCCAAACACUCAAUAUGAAGCCUGACGACCAGUCGAAGAGCGAUUGCGACCUCACUGUGGGUAGACUAUUCCUUCGAAAAUACGAGGAAGAUUUAAAGGCCGAGAAGGAGAAGGCAGAAAAGGUCGAGGAAAGCCAAAAUGGGGAAGGCAUAGUCGAAGGCGACGAGUCGGCGGGAAAAGCAGAGAAAUUGGAACGAGCUCGAUUUCUGUCGCCCGGGCCGCCUAGAAAGAGAUCUCGCACGAUCAAAUGAAAACCAUGUGUGUAUGGUGAAAGAAAGGGAUGGUGAUGGUGGUGGAAGUGGAGUUUGCUUGAGCGCUGUUGAUACCCAGAUACCUACAUAGAUUUUCGUUAUGGCUUCAUUGCCCAGGAAAUUAUACCCCGCUGCUGAGAUUGUAGCAGAGCGCUAAAUACACAGCGUUCUCUUCAA